UAAAACUUUAAACACCUUCCUUCGUGCGUAGCUUAUGGGACUUUACUUCUCUCUCCUACAAACUUUCUAUGCAAAUUUUCUCUCUCUUCCCUCUUCUGUCAUCUUCUUCUUCGAAAGCUUCUUCAAACGAAGAACAACAACAGCAAGAAAGCGAAAAAGAUUUGAAAGUAACAAACUGUUGAAAACCAAUGGAUGAAUAUUCUAGUAAGAGAGCCAAUGAUGGGGUGAUAGUUCCUAGAAAGGGGAUGAGCACCAUGUUUAAAGAUACUGCCACUACCCGAGAUCGAAAUGGUCAAGUAUGUAGCCGCCUUGGUUGCAGCAGCAAAGUCAACUCUUCUAAAGGUGCUCAAAUUGGUUCUUCUGAAAAGGGUAAAUCUUUGAGGCCUUCAUUUCGGUUCUCAUCAAAUGGCAAGGAAACAAUUGGUAGCUCCUCUAGAACGUUCUCCGGGAGUAGUAGCCCAGGAAAACCCCAUAGAAAGCCUCAGAAAAAGUUAUCAUCUCAGAUAGAGACAGAUUCAUCUGAAACUAAUAGUGUACAAGAUGAACCAGAAGUUUCAAAGCUCACACCUCCACAAAAAAACCAGAGGGGUCUUCAAGCCGAAGGGGAAAACACAGAUUCUAGUAAUGGGGUGCUGAUGGAAGUAGGAAGUUCUAGUUUAGCCUCUAAUACAAGAUCUAGGAGGAAUUUUCAUCCAAAACCUGGAUUACGUAGUCAAGAAAUUCAAAGCACCGGUCCAGGGACACGUGCUGGUACCAGUAGGUAUGGGUUAAGGAACCUCAAAUGCAACUCCAUUUCUGAUGUCAUGCCCGUCGGUUGUACACCAUCUGAUUCAACCCUAAACAAAAAGAAGGAUGCGAUAAAAAAGAGAAAUUGUGAAGGAGAAAGUAGUUCUACAGCUAGAGGCAAAAAAAUUAACGGGCCGUUAAUUGAUGGACGGAAUUCUGUAUCCAGAAAUGGCCUAUCUAUCUCUGAUUCAAGAAUAUCUAGAAAUGCCCCUCAUAGGGACAGGGCAGACAGCAACAUAGCGUCUGGUAGAACACGAAGAUCAAUUGGCGGUCAUGGUAGGGGAAGGGUUUCUGGCCAAGGAAAUGCUAAUCCUGUGGCCCCUAAUCAGUCCCUUAUCAUGGUACCUUCCUUUUCUUAUUCUGGAAAUCUUAAUUCUCCUGGUGUACAACAUCAUAAUUCUCUGGAGACUCCUUCAAGUCCAAGUUCUUACAGUGGAGCAGGUACUAGUAGUGAGGAACUGUACGGUGUUAUGCCAACGUCUCCUACAGAAUACGGGCUCACCCAUUCUCUAAUAAAUCGGGAUAGCUUUCGACGACGCUACAACAUGGAUGGUAUUGCAGAGGUACUGUUGGCACUUGAGAGGAUUGAACAAGAUGUCGAGCUAACACACGAGCAAAUUCACUUGUUGGAGUCCAACUUGUUCCUUACUGGACUAAACUUCUUUGAUCAGCAUAGAGAUAUGCGACUGGACAUCGAUAAUAUGUCAUAUGAGGAAUUACUGGCUCUGGAAGAAAGGAUGGGUACUGUGAGCACCGCUGUAACAGAGGAAGAUCUAUCAGAAUGCCUAAAGAGAAGUUUCUAUCAAUCCUCACCCUCAGACAAUGCAACCAAGUGUUGCAAUGAGAAUAAGGAUGAUAUCAAAUGCUGCAUCUGCCAGGAGGAGUAUGUGGAGGAAGAUGAAGUGGGGAGUCUACUAUGCGAGCACAAAUAUCAUGUUGUUUGCAUACAGCAGUGGCUACGACUAAAGAACUGGUGUCCUAUUUGCAAAGCAUCAGUGACACCGUCAAGUUCGCCGUCGUCCCACUAGUUAUGUUUUAGGCCAGACAAUGGAUAUUGAUUUCUUUCUACCCCUCUUUCUGUUCAUUUUAAUUUUCACUUUUGUACAAAAUACAGUUUCUCUUCACCUCUUCUUAUUAGUCUUUUGUACAUAACCAAUAUCUUCAUACCAAUUAUUAUCAAAUAAUACAAGCCACUGGCUUGAUAGAUUGAAACUUGUUGUUAAGCUGCUGGGGCAAUAAUCGCAUCUUUUCUGUUAUAGCUA